GCAGUUCCGCCGCCCCGGGCCGGCGAUACACUUUCACCCCCCCGCACUAACUCCAUCGUCCUAAGGCCAAGGACUGUUGCUGAAACUGCUGUCUAGACACGGCUCGGCCCGUAAACCCAGAGGCUGGGUGUGAAAGAGGUGCACAAUGUCUGAACUUUUUAUGGAGUGUGUGGAGGAGGAGCUGGAGCCGUGGCAGAAACAAGUUCCUGAAGUUCAUUUGAUAGAUGACGACGACGACGAGCCCAUCUUUGUCGGAGUGCUCUCUAAUAACCAAAAGGAUGGGAAGCCUAACCCUCCAGCUCCUCAGAGGACCACUGCUGGUAAAACAGAAACUAAACGCUCCACUCUGCAGCCUGCCGUGGGCCCUUCACCGAUAGUGCUGCCGCUGAGCAUACCUGGAAAUGCAGUCAAUACUGCACCACCCACUCUGACAACAGUCACUCCACAGCCUGUCAUCGUCAAUAACCAGGGCUUUAUUGUCACUUCUCCGCAGUUAGCGAACAACAGUGAAUUUAUUGCCUCUCUUGGGACCCAGUAUCCUCCUGGGACAUCAUUUACAAUCGUACCAGCUGGUCAGCAGUCGCUUUUUCAGCAGGUCACUCCAGGCACGGUGAUACCUGGUGCCGUCCACAGGCCUCAGGUGCAGCAAAUCAGCAACAACGUUGUGACUUUGACAAACGUCCAGAGUCCUGCUGUGUAUUCAGCACAGCCGGGUCAGCUGCAGCCCAACCGGCCCACCUCUCAAUCUCUUCAGACCUUUUCUUUGCCUGUGAAGGACAACAGCAAUAACAGAGAUCAAAGUUUAGUCAAACGAGGACUGACUCCGCAGGAAAUGGACAGCGCAGCAAAAAGACCUAAGAUGGACUUGGUAUCACCAGCAAAAGUAAUUGUCAGAGUGGAAAAUGGCAUCGUAAAGAAAAAGUGUCCUAACUGUCAAGAAGAGGUCAUGUCAGAGGAGGACCUGAAACAUCAUCUGAUGAGCUGCAGUGCAAAUGUGGGAAGCACAUCUCCAUCAGCGCAAAACAUUAACGCGAACAAGCGCAUCAUGCUGGUGUCGGAUUUCUACUACGGCCGCUUCGAGGGAGACACGCACAAGAAAGAGGCACAGAAGACCAACACCACCUUCAAGUGCCAAAGCUGCUUAAAAGUUCUGAAGAACAAUAUCAGGUUCAUGAACCAUAUGAAGCACCACCUGGAGCUGGAGAAGCAGAACAGCGAGAGCUGGGAAAGCCACACCACCUGCCAGCACUGCUACCGACAGUACAUGACUCCGUUCCAGCUGCAGUGCCACAUCGAGAGCGCUCACAGCCCCAUCGAAUCCUCAACCAAUUGUAAGAUUUGUGAGCUGGCGUUUGAGUCAGAGCAGGUGCUCCUGGAACACAUGAAGGGGAACCACAAACCCGGGGAAAUGCCUUACGUCUGCCAGGUGUGCAAUUACAGGUCGUCUUUCUUCUCAGAUGUGGAGACACAUUUCCGAAGUGUCCAUGAAAACACGAAAGACCUGCUCUGUCCGUUCUGUCUCAAAGUUCUCAGAACCAGUCAUAUAUACAUGCAGCACUACAUGAAACAUCAGAAAAAAGGGAUCCAUCGCUGUGGAAAGUGCAGACUGAAUUUCCUCACCUACAAGGAAAAAGUGGAGCACAGGGCUCACGUCCACAAGACCUUUAGGAAACCUAAAGCCCUGGAGGGUCUUCCUCCGGGUACCAAGGUGACCAUCCGGGCCUCCCUCACAGGAAAGACGCCUGUAUUGCCAGCCUCCCCCGAUCGAUCAGGCUUUAUCGUCACUCCGGAAGCAGCAAGUUUCAACGACUUCAAAUCCAAACCUCCAGUCACUGUGUCCAAGUCUAAAUCCGCCGUCUCUGGAGCGGGAAAAGCCAAGACGGCUCAGAGCAAGAAGCAAGACGCUCGAACUUCCAAGCACAACCUGUCACUGAGGAACCUCAGCAUCAGCGGAGGACGUUUCACGUGCAUCGAGUGCAACACACAGGUGGACCACUUCUUUUCUCAUUUCCCGAUGGUUUCAAACUGCGGUGCGUGCAAAUAUCGGACGAGCUGCAAAGUUGCCAUUGGGAACCAUAUGAUACGAUUUCACAGCACCAUCACCAAAAACAGAUUUUUGAAAAUGGAUCACAAGAAAAAUUCAGCAGCGUUAAAACUGACCCUGGUCUGUCUCAACUGUGACCUCCUCGUGGACGCGUCAGGCGGUGACCUGAUGACCAAACAUUUAAGUGAUCGACCAAAUCACACUUGCAAAGUCAUCCAGGAGAAAGCAGAUAUCAAAGCCAAAGAUCGAGUGCAACUCCUCAUGCGGCAGCCGGCAAAAGUCCAAGUGUACUUCUUGACGCCAGCAUCCGGCCAAAGUCCAAAGGAAACGAACUUGAAACAAGCUGGAAGCGGAACUGUUGAGCAGCCAGAACCCGAGCCGGGUGAUCAGGAAAAAGGUCCCACAGAAACCACUGAAGGUUCCCCUAAAGGAGAAGCGAAGCAGCUGCAGCCGGAUUUAUCGUCUCCCUGCGCAUCAGAAAGCGGCGCAGGCGUCUGCGAUGAGGCGGUGGGCAACUCAGAGAACCCAGACGUCGGAGAUCAGCUCCCCGACUCUGUGACUGUGACCGAGGAACAACAACCUGAGCAAGACUGAACGUGUACGUCAGCUAAACAUCAGCGCACAUGACACACGGGACUGAAACGGAUCGAUUUAAAAACAACCUCGGCAGAGUUUUUUUUUUUCUUUUUUUAACAAAUAUCAAACUUCUGAUGUUGCUUUGGCUGUUAAUAAUCCCGUCCACGUUCAUGUGUUGGGCACGUCAGUUUUAACAACUGGAGAAAAUAUUUUAUCUGAUUUUUGUUUGCUCCUUUGUGAAACUCGCGUUGCCUCACUGUAUGUAGAAAAAACAACUCUGACAGUUAUGAAUACAAAAAAAUAAAAACUGAAGUCUUCUUACUUGCCCUGUAAACAUUAGGGAUAAAGAGCGUGCAGUCGCAGAAUUAUUCUGCACCUUGACUAAUUCCAGACUUUCAGUUUUACACUUAAAUGGUUCAUUUUGUACUUCUUAAAAGUGUUCAUAUAAAGGCUCGUUAACACCUAAAGUGGGUGACAUUAUCCUGCAGAAGGGUGUUAAUUGGCUGUGUUCUCCAUCUCUGAUGUCUGUGAGGUGAUUUUUUUUUUACGUUUUUUGCUCUACACAGAAAUUUCUCAACGACUUUGACUGUAAAACCACAUUCUCCACGAAUCCUGCUCAGUGGCACAGAAUGUACAUGCUCCAAUUACGCAUGUGGUCCCCCCUGACAGUAUGUAUACUGACAUUGUGUAAUUUUAUCUUUGAUUGUUUCAGCAUUAGCGCCCCCAUUUUCAACAUUUUGCACUGUUACUUUGAUUCAAGCUGUUCUAGAUGGUUUGGGCUUUUAAGUGAACAACAGAUUUUUUAACUUUUUUUUUUUAUUAUUUGUAGAUUGCUGUUAUUGUAUAGCGUUUUAUUUUUUGAUGUGAUCUCUAAGCUGCUCCCUUUUUUUUUUUUUAAAUAAAUAAAAAAAAAAUCUGGUGUUAUACCAAAAAAACAAAAAACGUCGUCACUGAAAUGUUUACAUAGUUUACAGACAAUUCCUGAUUGUGGCAGAAUAAGUGAUGUAGCACCUUUUAUCUUCCAUUAUCACCUGCUGGUUUCCAACAUCCCACAAUACUGUUAUAUUAACACUCAAACGGCUGCUUUAAAUCAAUGAGAAAUACAGUAGUACAUGUGUAGAAAAUAUCAAACUUUAUUCUCCAAAGGAAUGUCAUCUUUGUGAAACGUGUGACUUAGAGAGGGAAUUAGGUGAAGAGUGGUCUAACGCUGAGCCAAUGUAGACUUUGUCGUUCUGUAUUUAAAGCCCCAGCUUGUGAGAGUAAUGUGCUACCUCCGGCGUAGUUACUCAGUAUGGUACUUCACUUGGCUUAAACCCCGUUAACCAACCAUUACGGCCCCAAAUGCUGGUUGACUAAGUUGCCUUUUUAUUUCUCAUUUACUGGAAAAAAAAGACAAAUUCCCUGUAGCUGUGGGAAGAUUUUAUACUAUGCCAUUUUUAUUUCAUUUUAUGUGGCUUAAUAUGUUGAAAGUAACUGGUCAUUUCAUAGGUGUUUUUUUUUUUAAAUUUUUAAAAAGGGUUUUCACUUGUAAAUACAAUAAAGCUGUAGGGCAAGUCUGCAAAUGUAUAUAUGUCUAUGAUGGCACUAUAAAUGUAACCCACCGAACCUGUUUUGAAUGCAUUCCAUGGAGAUCUACAAACUGGGUCUAGAACAGCGUUUUCUUGUUGUUGGUUAUGUAAAUAAAUCUUUACUACAAGA